AGAAAUAUCUAGAUUAGGGCCUUUCAAGCACUUCCCCAUUGCCAAAACUCCAGAUUUGGAUCCUAUCCUGUUUAAUGGAAAAGAGGUUUUCAACAAGAUUUUUUUUUUUAAUGAAAUGAAACUAAAGUUAUGGAGUUCAAGGAAAAAGUCCCAUGAUGAGUGUUGUGCAUCAUGUCGGGUUUCAAGCUUUUGGAUUGUCGCAUUCAGUUCUAGGCAGGUUCAGUCAAAUGCAAUGAACGCUCCAUUUUCAGGGACUGUCAUUCAAUAAAGGACGUAUGGCGUGUAUUUCAUGUGAACUUAGUUAUCCUUUUUCUAUUACUCCGUUCCUGUAAAAACCAGAAAAAAAAAAAAAGAUCAUAUUGCUGUAUCUGUUAAGAUUUCUUUGGUGUACAAAUCGAUUUCUUUCUUUGUUUCCAGGUUAGAUUCAUGGCAAGACGGUGGUGCUCUAGACUAAUCCAAUUUUCAUCAGUCCAUAAGCAAAGGAAGAUAAGUAAGCAUUUGCACCGUUUAUGCGUAGAAAACGUAGUGUAAUUUUCAAUCAUUUAGGAGGCGAAAAUACUAUUGUACCAUUUGGGCCAUUAUUAAAAGUCAAAAAGAAAAUCAUGUAAUAAAUAUUUUCAGGUAGGGGAUUUCAACAGAAAGAACGGAAAUGUAAAUAAAAUAAUAAAAGCUUCAGUCUUUAAUCAAUGGACCAUGCAUUACUUCUGAACUCCACCUUCCAUUUCGUGUUAAUUACAGCAAGCUUGGAAUCUAUGAACACAUUGUCCAUAGUCUCUACUCUUUGUUCUUCGCUUUCCUUUUCCUGAUUAAAAUAACCAUAAUCCUUUGGAGCCUUCUCCUUGUAUGAAUCUCCAGGUCUACUCCUAAUUCAUUCAACACAAUAAAAGCCCAUUUUGUUCCUUUGCUCUCUGUCGCUUUGCAAAUAAUAAACUGCCUUUUUAUUUUUUUUUUCUCAAACAGAAUGUUUCGAGCAUUGGCUUCGAUUUUGCUUUGUUGCUUCUUCCUUCAAACCUUUUUUUGGUUUUACAUUUCUAAUGGGAAUUUGAUAACUUGUUCGGGGAUAGUACCGAUGAGGUUCAGAAACGAUAAAAUAUCGAUAACGGACUUUGGUGGGGUUGGGGACGGGAAGACGCUCAAUACGAAGGCUUUCCGGGAAGCUAUAUAUCGGAUUCAGCAUCUGGGAAGGAGAGGUGGUACGCUGCUUUAUGUGCCUCCUGGGGUGUACUUAACCGACAGCUUUAACCUUACGAGCCAUUUGACUCUGUAUUUGGCUAGAGGUGCUGUUAUCAAAGCCACUCAGGACACUUGGAAUUGGCCUUUAAUUUCUCCCUUGCCAUCUUAUGGAAGAGGAAGGGAGCGCCCAGGAGGAAGAUAUAUGAGCUUUAUUCAUGGAGAUGGUCUCCAAGAUGUGGUGAUCACUGGUGAGAAUGGCACAAUUGAUGGUCAAGGAGCUAUCUGGUGGAACAUGUGGAGGCAGGGGACACUACAGUUUACAAGACCAAAUCUCGUUGAGUUUGUGAAUUCCAGAGACAUUAUUAUUUCCAAUGUGAUUUUUCAAAAUUCCCCCUUCUGGAACAUUCACCCUGUUUAUUGCAGCGAUGUUGUUAUUCAAUACGUUACCAUCCUAGCUCCAUCUGACUCACCAAAUACUGAUGGGAUCGAUCCAGAUUCAAGCUCCAAUGUAUGCAUAGAAGACUCAUUCAUUUCUACCGGAGAUGAUCUCGUGGCUGUGAAGAGUGGAUGGGAUGAAUAUGGCAUCGCUUAUGGACGCCCUAGCUCUUACAUCACUAUUCGGCGAGUAACAGGGACAUCCCCAUUUGCUGGAAUUGCAGUGGGAAGUGAAACCUCUGGUGGAGUGGAGAAUGUCUUGGCUGAGAACAUAGUUCUUUACAACACUGGAACUGGUUUUAACAUGAAGACUAACAUUGGCAGGGGAGGGUUUAUAAAGAACAUCACGGUGUCUGAAGUGUUCAUGGAAAACGUGAGAACAGGGCAUUACAUUAAAGAACAUUUGGGGCGUGAAAGUCCAGCGAGCAGGUUUGAUACAAGGCCUCAAGAACGCCCCUUUCACCGACAUCUGUCUUUCAAAGGUUAACCUCCACGGCAUUACUGGACCAAGAUCUCCUCCAUGGAAGUGCUCUGACGUAAGUGGGGCUGCAAUCGAGGUAAGCCCUUGGCCAUGCACCGAAC